GCGGAUCGUGGGCGUCUGUGGAGGUUCGGUCCCGCACAUCUGGGGAAAGCCGAGACGGGCACACGCGGCCGUGGUAGCUCCCGCCUCCACCGGCCCCCGAACAAACGCCACAUUGAGUCGGUGCCGCUACUGGCAGCAGAAGGUCUGCUACUGCUCGGCCCACACAGGCACACGACACGCCGCGCAGGGAUCCGCUGACCAUGAGCGCUGUCCUCGGCUGGGUCGCCGCUCUCCUCCUCUCCUCCUCCUCGUGCGUCCAUUCGCAGUCUCCGCGCAGACCCGUUUUCACGUGCGGCGGAAACAUGACGGGGGACUCCGGGCUGAUCGGGAGCCCGGGAUACCCGGGGGUUUACACGCCCAGCACCAAGUGUGUGUGGAGGAUUACGGUUCCUGAGGGGAGAGUGGUGGCCCUCACUUUCCGUUCCAUUGACCUGGAGAGUGACAGUCUCUGUAGGUAUGACUAUGUGGACGUAUACAAUGGACACUCCAAUGGCCAGCGGCUCGGCCGCUUCUGCGGCACCUUCCGGCCCGGUGCUCUCGUCUCCACCACCAACAGCAUGUCGGUGCACAUGGUGACGGAUGCCAACACCGCUGGCAGUGGCUUUCUAGCCACGUAUUCUGCCGCCCAUCCCAACGAACGAGGAGAUCGCUACUGUGGGGGCCGACUGGUAAAGCCAUCUGGCUCUUUAAAGACCCCGAACUGGCCGGAGAAGGACUAUCCUGCUGGCGUCACCUGCUCGUGGCACAUCAUGGCCCCUCGCAAUCAGGUCAUUGAGCUGAGGUUUGAGAAAUUCGACUUGGAGAGGGAUAACUACUGCCGAUACGACCACGUGCUCGUAUACAAUGGCGGAGAAGUCAACGAUGACAAGAGAAUCGGGAAGUACUGCGGUGACAGUCCUCCAGCGCCCAUUACCUCCGAGGGGAAUCAGCUGCUCAUCCAGUUUCUCUCAGACCUGAGUCUGACUGCAGAUGGUUUCAUCGGGCACUACAAGUUCAGGCCAAAAGGACUGACCACCACAACUGCACCCUCAACCACUUCCACGCCCUUGACCACCACCACGACCGCAAUGUUGAAGUACUCUGUAGCGCUCUGCCAGCAGAAAUGCAAGAGGAACGGGACCCUUGAGGACCAUUACUGCUCCAGCAACUUCGUGAUCACUGGGACAGUCAUCACCGUGGCGACACGAGAGGGUAGACUGCACGUCACCGUGUCCAUCAUCAGUGUGUACAAGGAAGGGAACCUUGCCAUUCAGCAAGCUGGCAAGAACAUGAGCACCAGGAUUGCAAUCCUGUGCAGGAAGUGCCCCUUCCUCCGACGCGGUCUGAAUUACAUCAUCACGGGGCAGACGGACGAGGGAGGACGUGGGAGCGUCGGCCCCCACAACUAUGUGGUAGCUUUUAAGUCCAAGAAUCAAAGUGUUUUGAACACAUUCAAAGACAAGCGCUGCUGAAUGUGGUCAUGCAUUUUCUUCCUCCUGCUCUCCUGCCCCACCCUUUUUUCAUUCCAACUGUCACAUCAGUAUGCGGUGGGCAAAAAUUCAGUGCACUGUUCUGUUUUUUUUUUUUGUUGUUCUUUCGACCUAAGUUUUAGGAGCAGUCCUUGCUCAGAAUGUGCGUUCAUCAGAAAUAAGACUAUUUAAGAAGUCAUAGUGGGUGUCCAGGGUUUGCAGAAAGGAUAUAUUCACCACCGUUCACAAGCCUGAGUCAUGUUUUCUAUGGCCCUCAAGAAAGCUUUCUCAACUGCUGUGUACUCUUGCUCACCGGAAUCCCUCAGUGUCCUCCUUUGUGUGUCCUGAGAAAACCAUGGGAAAUGCAAUGAUUGUUGUUAACUGAGUCACAAUGGAAAAGUGAUUCUAAUAAGGGCAGAAUCUCAUUUGCUGCGUUCAAUGUUAA